AUGAUUAAGGACAAGGAUGAGGGUGUCGAUGGUAUUUCAUUUGAUGAAGAAGUUAAUGGUGGAUGGGUUGGUGGUACUUCAGGUGUCAUUGAAGAAGUUGAUGGUGGAUCCGGUGGUGGUGGUAUUUCAUUUGAUGAAGUAGAAGUUGGUGGUGGAUCUGGUGGUGGUAUUUCAUUUGAUGAAGUAGAAGUUGGUGGUGGAUCUGGUGGUGGUAUUUCAUUUGAUGAUGAAGAAGUUGAUAGUGGAUCCGGUGGUGGUGGUAUUUCAUUUGAUGAAGAAGUUGUUGAUGGUGGAUCCGGUGGUGGUGGUAUUUCAUUUGAUGAAGAAGAGGUUGAUGGUGGAUCUGGUGGUGAAGAAGUUGAUGGUGGAUCCGGUGGUGGUGGUGGUAUUUCAUUUGAUGAAGAAGAGGUUGAUGGUGGAUCUGGUGGUGGUGGUAUUUCAUUUGAUGAAGAAGAAGUUGAUGGUGGAUCUGGUGGUGGUGGUAUUUCAUUUGAUGAAGAAGAUGUUGAUGGUGGAUCUGGUGGUGGUGGUAUUUCAUUUGAUGAAGAAGAAGUUGAUAGUGGAUCCGGUGGUGGUGGUAUUUCAUUUGAUGAAGUAGAAGUUGGUGGUGGAUCUGGUGGUGGUAUUUCAUUUGAUGAAGAAGUUGUUGAUGGUGGAUCCGGUGGUGGUGGUAUUUCAUUUGAUGAAGAAGAGGUUGAUGGUGGAUCUGGUGGUGGUGGUAUUUCAUUUGAUGAAGAAAAAGUUGAUGGUGGAUCUACUGACAAUGAUUCUGUUGGUACUUUAUACUGA